AUGUCACAGAGUCUGGACUGUGUCACGCGUCUGACGCGUUCAUCUCUCUCUUCUCUCAUUACCACAGUCAUGGAGCCUUCAUAUCGCAUUGUACCUUCAGGCGCCAACAAAUCUGCCUCUGUUCAAGCCACAGCAGGCACCCUUGGCCUCCAUGACACUCUGCAGUACGGUCCCCGUACUAUCGCAGCCGAAGUCAAGACGGAAGGAGGGCUGAAAGGGAGACUUGAAACGUGGGAAGAGACGCAAGACAACUUGAAGCUCACCGUGCAACGAAACGUAUACGGCUUGCAUGCACCCAUGCGACUUCUCAUGGAGCGCAAGAUCGUAGCUGAUUCACCCCAUAUGCCUGCUCUUCCCCAGUCGAACCUACACUUGGACAUUCUCAUGGGCCGAGACGAGACUAUAGCACCAGCAGACGUAUUUGGUGGCAUGGAGACCGGGUCAUCACUAGAUAUUCAUAGAGAUAUGGAGAAGAAACGGCAGAUGUAA